AGUAUCCUCCGCCAAUCCCGCGAGCCCGGAUCUACCGGUAACUCAAGGAUAUUCCUCUAUCUGGCUCUGGCAGUUAUCUCCCUACUACUUUCUUAUCAGCUGGUUCUGAAUCACGACACACUGGGUUCUAUCGCGCCAUGGAAAGUCGGCACACACGAGAGCGCAGCUUACGAUCCCGAUGCCGAUUAUGAUGGAGAUGGGUGGGCUGCUGCUGCUAUGAAUGGCACGGUACAGGAAUCAAAAUCAAAAUCACAUGCUGAAGCAUCGCAUGCUUCGGUGCCGAUAUCCACACCUGAAUAUACUACGCCUGCGGAUGCGGAUGCGGCUGUGGCUACAGCUACAGACUCGAAAGAGCUGGUUAUCGCGGCUAUGCUCGCGACUAAUAUGUCUUGGGUAGAUGAUCAUGUUCCUGCCGAUUGGGUUGUGAAUAUCUAUCGCACUGAUGCGGCGGAAGGUGAAGCCGAGUUGACGGUUCCGGAAAAUAAAGGGAAUGAAGCCAUGGUGUAUCUAACGUAUAUUAUCGAUCGAUACGACACCCUCCCCGAUGUAUCGGUCUUCAUGCACGGCGGUCGCUACCAAUGGCACAAUGAUAAUCCUCUCUACGACUCCGUCAUCUCGAUAAAGGAUCUCCAACUAGGCCAUGUCCGCAAAACUGGAUACGUUAACCUCCGCUGCACCUGGGUAAUCGGCUGUCCUGCCGAGCUUCAACCUGCUCGCUAUCUCCGUGAUCGUCCAGAUGAUAAAGACCAUCCCACCGCCAUGGCAUUCCCUGAGAGCUUCAUGGAACUAUUCCCUGGGAUCGAAGUACCCGAGGUUGUAGGCGUGCCGUGUUGCAGUCAAUUCGCCGUAUCGCGGGUGGCGAUUCAUGCGCGCGGGAGGGAGGAGUAUUUGCGUAUACGCAACUGGUUGCUUAGGUCGCCAUUGAAUGCGGGUACUAGUGGACGGGUCCUUGAAUAUGCGUGGCAUAUUAUGUUUGGCAAGACAGCGCAAUUCUGUCCUGAUGCUGCCCAGUGCUAUUGCAAUACAUAUGGGUAUUGUGAUAUGACUGAGGCGGAUGUGCAAAGCCGAUGGAUUUGGCGAGGGUUAACACUUCCGGAAGGUUGGCCAGAGAACCAGGGGUGA